AUCUGAAUCAAACCAAAGGCACCAAACCAUUUAGGCCUCUUAAACCCCUUCCCCACACUCUUUACUCUGUUUUUUCUUUUUCUCUCUCUUUCUCUACAAACACCAUUUCGACCAUUUUCUGCAGUGCAAUGGCCAUGGCUAAGUUUCUCUGCGUUCUGCUUCUGGCUCUCCUUGCCAUUUCCAUGAUCACAACUCAGGUUAUGGCAAAAGAUGCUGCUUAUCACUUGGAACGAAGUAAUAAUGGAGCCGGGAGGAAUUAUGGACCUGGGAGUCUAAAGAGCUCACAGUGCCCCUCUGAAUGCACAAGAAGAUGUAGCCAGACACAGUACCACAAGCCAUGCAUGUUCUUCUGUCAAAAGUGCUGCAAAACUUGCCUAUGUGUUCCUCCUGGCUACUAUGGGAACAAGUCUGUGUGCCCCUGCUACAACAACUGGAAGACCAAGCGUGGAGGACCCAAAUGCCCUUGAAGUUAUAUAAGCAUCAUUUGACCAACAAUUUUAUAUUACUCAAAGUGGAACCACCAACUAUGGCCGUUGCUACAUGCGUUUCGGGUAGCACCUAGUACAAUUGGGUCUUCACUAAGACUACUACUAAAUUAACCAUCUUGUUCUCUACCGUGAAAUUAAACCACUCGUUAAUUUCAUGAAGAAUCCUGAACAAGAGGGUGUUCUUCUGGUUAAUCAAUUAUCUUUGUCAUUGUUCUAUUUUUUGGUUUCAUAUAUAAUGAAGUUAUUUUAUGAUGCGAGUCAUGUAAUGUUUACGACAGAUAUGGCAUGUAGGCUAAAGGAUCUGAAGAUCCAAGCUUAUUUUAAUAGUUGUACCUUGUGAUUCUCUACAA